CGGGGCAGCCAUGGCGGCGCUGCGUGCCGCGCUGCUGGCGCCGCUGCUGGCGCUGAGCCGGGCCGGGCCGGGGCCGGCGCCCUCCGCCCGCGUGGAAGUGGCUCUGUCGGGGCCGGGAGACGCGGACGGCGACGGGGCCGGGACGGCGGCGGGGCCCGGAGGCUCCUACACGCUGCGCGGGGCCUUGCUGGGCGCGGCGGGAGGCGGGAGCGGGCUGGGCCGCGGGGCGCCGCGGGAAGUGGAGAUCGGGGGCCGGCUGGUGCUGGUGGGGGAUGCGGAGCCAGAGCUGGGUGCUGCUGACAGCUGGAUCGGGGUGGUGCCCGUGGGCGAGGAGCCGACUGACAGCCCCCGCAGCACCAAGGAGGAGUCCUUCACCGCCGCCGUGGUCAGCAAGAUGAAGCGAGCCCUGGUGCUGGGGGCCUCGGCCCUGCUCAUCCUGGCGCUGAACCAGAAUGCGAUCCGAGAGGUAGGGGAGCCCCGCAGUCCUACCAGCGCUCUGGGUGCUCUCCUGCCCCUCUCAGAGCUGUUGCUUUUCUGUCUGGUGCAGCUGGACGUCUCCCAGCUCCUUGCCAAGCCUGUCAUCGUGAUCCAAUCCUCGGACAAUGUCACCAGGCUGCUGGGAGCGCUGCUGCGAGGACUACGGGCUACAGCGAAGAUCACGUACCAGGCAGUGCUGCUGGAGAACCUGGGGGUGACGCUCACCCUGUGGUCCACCUGCGGCCUGUCCCGAGGGGGCCUCUACGGCGAGUGGCAGGGCGUCAUCUGCACCGGGGAGAACAGCUCGCAGGUCCAGAAGUACCUGCAGCAGCUGUGGAACACCAUCCUGCUUGUCGCUCUGCUCCUCUGCACGGGGGUGAUCGUGCAGGCGCAGCGGCAGUCACGGCAAGGCCUGUCGGAGCGGGACGCCGAGCUGGACCUGAAGCAGCACAUUCGGCGGCGGCUGUUGGCCCUGAAGACGCGGCGGUACCAUCCCGGCAAGGCGCUGCGGAGCCGGGCCUGUGAGAUAGAUAGCUGCGCCGUGUGCCUGGACCAGUUCUGCAAGAGCCAGUGGCUGCGUGUGCUGCCAUGUUCCCAUGAGUUUCACCGGGACUGUGUGGACCCCUGGCUCCUCCUGCAGCAGACCUGCCCGCUCUGCAAGCAUAACAUCCUAGGGAACUGCUGUGGAGAGAGCUAGUCAGCCCAGUGGAAGCGCUCUGGGGACAGACGGACCCAUGGCUGCUCUGGGAAGAGCUGGGGAAGGAUGGGGCAGGCGUGGGGUGAGCUGUGCUUGGAGCUGGAGCAGGCUCAGCGCGGCCGUGCCCUUUGCAGCACCAGACAGUGCCUGGCCCUUAGGAGAGUGAAGGCUUUGGGGGGUUCUCCCUGCUUGGCGUGAGUAGAGGGGCCAGGGGCAUGGCUGGGCAUUAGCCAAAUGGCUGGGGCUGGGGGAUGGGUGCCAGGGAAGGCACUCCUGGGUAUAACUGGGGAGGGGCCACUGAGGCUGUUGGCAGAGUCUGCAGGCACUGAAGGGAAGAGCCCAGGCCUGGCUGUUCCCUCUCCCUGCUCAUCAUUUUUCUAAGUCUUUUCUAUUUGCCUGUGGCUGCAACAGGUGGGCAGCGCCAGGCUGGGAGCCCGCACCUGGGGCUCUGCCACAGCUGAGGGACGGAACAGAUCUGCUCAUGGUGGGGAUGGGGGUGGGGGUGGGGUGGGGGGAAAGACCACCUUAUUUAUACUAACUUAUUAGAAAGGACAGUAUGAGUUAGCUGAACACAGGAGUGCUCGGGGACUCGCUGUGAGCCUGUGAGGGCUCUUGUUCCAUGUGGCAGCUGGAGCUGCAGCACUACUUGUGGCUGUUGCUAUUAAAUACAGAGCUCAGAGAGGCUGC